AUGAUUUUGAAUAAUCAAGAGCUAAAUGAUUCAUUUAAUCAAUGUGAAAAUGUGAAAUCGGAGAAAUUUGUUGUAAAUGAGAAGGAAGAUGAUGAUUUUGGUGUUUUUGAAUGUAGUGAAGGAAGUAGUUUUGAUGAAUUUGAAGAUCUUGUAUAUAAUUCACAUAAUUCACAUGAAAUGAUGAAUGCUAACUUGAAUUGGAGUUCGUUUAUAGAACUUUGGAGUGAUCAAGGAUGUGUUAUUGGAUUUACAUGGUGUGAACAAGAGAAGAAUUCAACAGAAAUACCUAAUAAUAACACUGAUAACACACAAGGACAAGGAGCUCCUAUCAAGUCGAAUAAUAUUGAUCAAGGUGUAGAUUUGAAUCGAAAUUCUUGGAUAACUAUGUCAGAUCUUUCAUUUUUGGAAUCAUUAUCUUCUAGACCAUCUAGU